GCCUCCUCAUCGAAGCCACCCUUUUGGAUGAAAACAUCUGCUCUAUAUAAAGAACCGAAAGCGUGUCGAACAGCAGUAGCGGCUUACCUGCACACUACAGACACCACAACCAGCCAUGGUCGCACUUCAAGUUUCCCUGGUCUUGGCUCUGGUUACAAGCGCCAUUGCCGGCUAUGCGCCGUACAGAGACCUCCGGGUGAGUUACGGAUACGGCUCAGCGUACGGCGCGUACCCACUACCCUCUGCUCCAGCCGUCGUUUCUGCUCCUUCCGCCCACGUUGCGUCGACGUACCACGCUGCCCCCGUGGCACUGGCCACCUACCGCACAGCCGCUGCAGUUCCCGCAGUGACCAGUUUUCAAGCUUACCACGCUACUCCCGUAGUGAAAGCUGCCGUGGCUGCUGUGCCUUCCUACGCUGCUACGUACCGCGCUUCGCCGGCCGUCACCCGCUAUUACCAGGCAGCACCCGCCACGGUCUUGGCACACGCACCGUCGGUGGCAACCGCGGUCCACGCCGUCCCAGCUUCCUUCUCUACUGUGACCAGAGUAGCCGCAGCACCAUCCGUCACCGGUGUCUAUCGCUCCGCCCCAGUCGUUGCUGCCGCUCCAGCUCUGGCCUCUGUCUCUAGAGUCACCAAGCUUAACACUUACCAUGCUGCCCCAGCCGUCGCCACCGUCGCGGCCACUCCAGCUUUCGCCACCUACCGCUCGGCACCAGUUAUCACCCGCCAGUACCACACCGGUCAUCUGUACACAUCAGCCGUGCCAGCGGUCUCAGGCGUUACCAACCUGGGCACGACUUACGGAGUAGCGCCGGCGGUGUCCAGGAUCUACAACAGCGCUCCAUUCGUUUCUGCUGCCGCCCCAGCGGUAGCUACCGCUGUUCACGCCGUUCCAGCCGUCGCCGGGGUAUCUAAGCUGACAGGAGUCACCUACCAGACCGCUCCUACUCUGGCCGCGUACCACACCUCCCCAGCCGUUACCAGAGUUUACCAGAGUUCCCCUGUCCUGGCCGCCGGCCCGGCUGUUGCCAGUGCUGUCCAUGGAUUGCCAGCCGUGACCAAGCUGACCGCGUACAGGCCCGCGCCAGUCGUCACCGGUGUCUAUGGUUCCGCCGUUCACGCUGCCCCUGCUGUAGCCACCGUACACCAUGCGGCCACUGGUGUGACCCGGGUGACCAAAUCCGACCCAUUCCACGUGAGCGAGGAGCACACCGUCCACACGAGACCCGUGGUCUCCACCGUGGCGCACUCUCCAGUCUCCGCUGUGGCACAUGUCCCAGCCUACGGGUACGGAGUCGGAGCCCUGGGGUACACGCAGGGUCUUCCCGUCUAUGGCCCUAACUACGGAUACGGGCUCGACGCCUUUGGUUACACUGCCAAGAUUCAUAAGAAGUAGGUGAUUGAGACCGGAGAAGAUGACAUAGCCGUCGUCGUUGAACCGUUGUUAAGACAUUAUACCAAGACGAAGUCCCAACUGCCAGAAUGUCUUCCAAUUUCCAAGAAAUAAAGUGUAGUGAUAUUUUAUG